GUGUUUCCCGCAGAUCGUCGCGCUGACUGGAGGAUCGUACCCAACAGGCCGUUUGCAGAUCCGCACCCAGGCAGCCAUCUGCUCCGGGUGGUCUCGCGGAAACGGAAACAUCGGAAUACCUUCGUAAAAAUCCCGAUUGGUACGGCAUCCCGCGUGCGGUCAGAGUUCAGUUCUGCUGCGUACGAUUGAUAGAUUUUCAGGACCACUUUUAAACAACGAUGGCCAGCCGUGAAGCCGUCCGCCGUACCGUACAGAGUGUCCGACCGAUCCUAUCCGUGGACCGAGAAGAAGCGCGUAAACGCGUGCUUAACUUGUACCGUGCCUGGUAUCGGCAGCUUCCCUACAUCGUGAUGGACUAUGAUAUUCCUAAAUCGGUUGAACAGUGCCGAGAAAAAUUGCGCGACGAAUUCCUCAAGAACAAGGCUAUCAAUGACAUCCGAGUUAUUGAUAUGUUAGUGAUCAAGGGUCAAAUGGAACUCAAAGAAUCGGUUUCGAUCUGGAAGCAAAAGGGCCAUAUCAUGCGCUACUGGAAGGAAUCCCAGGAACCGAAGCCAACCGAUUUCCUGUCGAAGUUUUUGUCAGGCUCCAACUAGGUGGUUUUUUGUUCUGGGCUUUUAAGGAUAUCUUAUAGUAGUAGGGAUAAAAUGAAAAGUGCAGAAGAGUAAAUACGCAUAUAUGCACAGAAUACCUUGCAUUGAGA